AUGAAUUUUCUAAUCUUUUGUUUGGUAAUCCCCUACUUAUCAUGCAUUUUCUUCAAGAAAUCCCUUUUAAUGGCAGAAUCCUUAAUUCUGUGGUAUGUCUUGAUCACAACUAUAUAUUUAUCUUUCAUUUAUGAGCAUCUUGACAGUGUUCGCAUAAUCUUUCUUAUAGAAUUAAAAUUAGACAUCCAGUAUAUUUUAUCAUUUUCUCUCAGGAUUAGUUCAUUAUUGUAUAAAAUUAUGUUUACAUCUGAGAAAAUGGAUUGCCAGAUAAUAUGAAAAGCGCUUCAGCAUAUCGUGAAAUUAUAUAAUUUAAGUAGAAAAUUAAUAUUUUCUAACAAUAAUUGCUUUAUUUACUAG